AUGCCGGUCGAGCCAGUCCGAAGUUUUAGAUCUGGGCGCAGCUAUCUGACGGAAACCUGCAGCCCGCAAGUUGUUGUCCUCUGCGUCCUUUCUGCGUGUUUCAGCCUGAUGGUCGGUUUUUGGGCAGAAGAUGAACCUGACCUGCGUCGCAUUUUCGAAGUCUGCACGGGAACUGGGCGCACGCGAACCUGUCACUCGAACCCCUGGACGGCACUCUUCGUGGGGAACGUGCUUCUGGCUGCUACGGCCAUGAUGAUGCAGGGCUAUCGGCCUCACUUCGUCUUUCUGGGUGUGGUCACCCUGUUUGGGACUUGUGGCAUCAUCUCCACAAACCAGGCUCUGGCCGGUUUCUCGAGCCCCGGCAAUAUUGCCUUUCAGGCUGUGCUGGUCCUUGUCGGCGGCAUCCAGGAUUCUGGGGUGUUGGAUCACAUCUUCUCGAGGCUCUUAGGGACCGAGCAAAAGAACCUCAGAGCCCUCAUACGGGCUCAGUUGGUCACUGCCUUCCUAGCUGCUUUUGUCCAGCAGAUGACGGUUGUGGUGGCAGCCGCACCUGCUCUGCAGCGGUGGGCGCCACAAGCGGGCUUCACGUCACGUGAGAUCUUGCUGCCCACUGCCAGCGUAGCCGGCAUGAGCCAAAACUUUAUGAUCGUCACCUCCACUGUGGCCUUGACCAUCUACCAGACCAUGCCUGAAGCAGAGCUGCAGAUGCUCGACCCAGCCCUUGGCUGCAUCGUGCUGACCGCCCUCACGUGCGUGUACUGCACCCUCGCCACCAAACCACUUCUGGGCUCUGCGACCGUGGGACCUCCGAGCAAGAUUGAGCAGCUCCGGCACCAGUGCAGCAACCGCUACUACCUGUCCUUUGAAGUCGCUAAGGGCUCCUUCUUGAUUGGCUCUACUGUUGCUCAAGCGGGGCUGAUCUCUCAACCCGGGGUUAUCCUGGUUGAUACCGACUUUGAAAUGGACAAGAAGAUGGAAGCUGGGAACUUCCUCCACUUCGCCGCCACGGCGGCGGGAGUUGCCCAGAUCCGCAACCGGAGCCCGGGGCUGAUGAUGAAAGGCGUCGACCCCCUGGCGGUUCUGGGCGCCCAGCGCCAUCGUCGGCGGCUCUUCGAGGUCGGGAUUGCUCCCGGCUCGGCGCUGGUGGGUUGCAAGUUGCCCAUCAGUCUCAACCAGGCCACGUGCAUUGCGGCGCGCCGCCCUCAAGCAUCCAUGACGAUGGCAAGCCCUUACCCACAGCGACGUCCAUUCCGCUCCCCAGGUGAUUCCGGUGAUUCCCCCAAUGCAGACAUCAGCAGCAUCGAGCUCGGGGAGUUCAGGGAGAGUCUGUGCGCUGGAGACAUACUGUUGGUGGAGGCCUUCCUGGAGUUUGCCGACUUACCUGAAGUCGAGCGGAAUUUCAGUUUCGUAGCGGUGGUUCCGGAGUCGGCACCUCCGCGACACGGACGCCGGGUGGAUCAGGGCAGAGGUUGGCUGGGUCUGCUGCUGCUGGCAUUCGUCAUCGUCUGCUCUGUGCUGAACUUCUGCGACCUGGUGUUUUUGGGUCUAUCAGCAGUCGGCCUGUGCAUUCUCCUGAACAUCGUCCACCGGGAAGCAGUCCUGCAGCGCCUGAACCUUCCGAUUUUCUUGACCAUUGCUGGAGGCCUGGGCGUGGGACAGGCCAUCAAGGAGAGCGGGCUGGGCAAUGCCUGGGCGAAGCUGGUCAUAUCUGCUGGGCGCCAUGCAGCCCUUGGGCAUCCACUGGGCAUUCUGGUAGCACUGUCCUUCAUCACCUCGCUCCUGGCAAAUCUCAUGUCGCAUACUGCCACCGCUGCGCUGAUGGCGCCCAUUGCGAUGCGGGUUUGCACUUCAGAGGGCAUGAACUUGAAGACGACGGCGCUGGUUCUAGUCUUCUCGGCAAAUGCAGCAUUUGCCAUGCCCUUCGCCACUGCUUCCAACAUCAUGAUCAAGGGCCUGGGACCGUAUGACUUCCUGGAUUACCUCCGGUUCGGGCUGCCCCUGCAGCUGAUGUGCCUGCUGGCCAUCCCGGCGCUCUGCGCCUGGCAGUUCGGCUUGUCUGAUCCGGAUGCGAUCCAGACGUGA